AGGCACAGAGGCCAAAGCAAAAAACACCAACAAGAGCUGUGUUUCCCCUCAAACUCCCCUCUGUUUUUGUGUUCUACCGAGAUUAAGGAUUUCGAUUUUACCAUAUAAACCCACCAGUUGGUGAACUGAUUGAGGAUUUGCAUUGGAGUUCCGGAUUGAAAAUGAGAGCUGUUGCUCGUUCUGUCCAUCAAUUUCGAUCAGCUUUGCGGCAGCAGACAUGUAGUUACUCCACCGGUGUUGUGAGAAGGCGAAAGCUUUUGACAAACAGCUAUUUUGCGUUAGCUCAUGAGCUCCCUAACAAUGCCAAAGUCGAUAGAUUUAUGCAUCCCGCCAUUUUUGGCUCUAGAGCUCUGUCAUUCAAUGCUGCUCCGGUUACUAAUGGAGACACACACAAAGGAGGGCCGCUUGUGGAGUAUGAGCGAAGAAUUGCUGCGGGUGAACUUGUUGAUGGUGAUGCCUGCCAGGUAGGCACCUUAAGAGAACUGCAAAGGCUAUAUGAUCAACUUGUUGAGUCGGCUGAUGUCUGCCAGUUGGAUAGAUAUGCCACUUCGAGGAAAUCUGCAAGGAGUAGAUGGUUGUGGUCUCGUUUCAUCCCACAAUCUUCAAACGCCUCCCCUGUCAAAGGUCUUUAUCUUUAUGGAGGAGUGGGAACUGGAAAAACCAUGUUGAUGGACUUGUUUUUCGAACAACUACAAUGCAGUUGGAGGAAAAAGAGGAUUCAUUUUCAUGAUUUUAUGUUGAAUGUCCACAGCUGCUUGCGAAAGCACCAGGGUGUAGAGGACCCUCUUGAAGUUGUUGCAGGAGAGAUAUCUGAUGAGGCAAUCUUGUUAUGUCUCGAUGAAUUCAUGGUGAAUGAUGUUGCCGAUGCGUUAAUACUAAAUCGUCUGUUUAGACACCUAUUCAACAAUGGUGUUAUUCUUGUCGCCACCUCCAAUCGUGCUCCUGAUAACCUGUAUGAACGUGGAUUGCAGAGGGAUCUGUUUCUGCCCUUCAUUGCUGCUUUAAAGGAAAGAUGUGUAGUUCAUGAAAUUGGUUCUGCGGUAGACUACCGAAAACUCACAUCGGCUGAGCAAGGGUUUUACUUUGUUGGUAAGGAUUUGUCAAGCUUUCUCCAGGGGAAGUUUCAAGAAUUGAUUGGGGAUCAUGAAGCUCAUCCUGAGGAGGCAGAAGUAGUGAUGGGAAGAACACUAAAGGUUCCACUAGGUGCCAAUGGAUGCGCUUACUUUCCUUUUGAGGAACUUUGUGACAGACCUAUGGGAGCUGCAGAUUAUUUUGGAUUGUGCAAGAAAUACCAUACCCUGGCCUUGGACGGUGUUCCUAUCUUCGGACCCCACAAUAGGACAGCAGCAUAUCGGUUUGUUACUUUAGUUGAUGUGAUGUAUGAAAACAAGGGCAGACUGAUGUGUACAGCUGAGGGGACUCCUUUUGAACUUUUUGAAAGAAUAGUGACAAUCCAACAAGUGGCACCUAGAACCUCUUCAAGAUCAAGGAAAAAUGAUGAUUUGGAGUUAUGUGUAGAUAAUGAAUUGGGAUUUGCUAAAGACCGCACCAUUAGUAGAUUAACAGAGAUGAAUAGCAAAGAAUACUUGGAGCAUCAUGCUGCAGCGCUGGAAGAGAACAACUCCCAUGAAGAUCUGCAUCUGGAUAAAACCGUGCAUGCAUGAUGCAGAGAGAAAAAGAUAAGAAAUUCAUCUUAGUACAGUUAACCAUUAUUGUAGUUACUGUGCAUGAUUAUAUCAAUAAGAAAGAAAAUAAUUUUUCCAUGUAAG